CAUUUCUCAGGACAAAUAUUGCCUUUCACUUCACUGCCAGCCCCUCGCAACCUCAGUAUUUUCUAUACAAAUUUCCCAAAGAUGUGGACUCAGUUAUCAUUAAAGUGGUGUCUGAAAUGGCUUAUCCAUGUUCUGUAGUCUCAGUCCAGAACAUAAUGUGCCCAGUGUAUGAUCUUGACCACAAUGUGGAAUUUAAUGGUGUCUAUCAGUCCAUGACCAAGAAAGCUGCCAUCACACUACAGAAGAAGGAUUUUCCAGAUGAACAGUUCUUUGUGGUGUUUGUGAUAAAACCUGAAGAUUAUGCCUGCGGAGGAUCAUUCUUCAUCCAGGAAAAGGAGAACCAGACCUGGAAUCUACAACGAACAAAGAACCUUAAAGUGACCAUAGUUCCUUCCAUUAAAGAAUCCGUUUAUGUGAAAUCCAGUGUCUUCAGUGUCUUCAUCUUCUUGUCCUUCUACCUGGGAUGCCUGUUUGUUGUGUUUGUUCAUUAUGUGAGGUUUCAGAGGAAAUCCGUUGAUGGAAGCUUUGGUUCCAAUGAUGGCUCUGGAAAUAUGGCAGUGUCACAGCCCAUCUCUGCCAGCACACCUGAAGGGAGCAAUUAUGGGGCGAUAGAUGAGUCAACCUCCAGUCCUGGGAGACAGGUGUCCUCCUCUGAUGGUGGGCAGCCAUGCCAGUCAGACACAGACAGCUCUGUGGAGGAGAGUGACUUUGACACCAUGCCAGAUAUUGAGAGUGAUAAAAACAUCAUCCGGACCAAGAUGUUCCUUUACCUGUCAGAUCUGUCCAGGAAGGACCGGAGAAUUGUCAGCAAAAAAUAUAAGAUUUAUUUUUGGAACAUCAUCACCAUCGCUGUGUUUUAUGCACUGCCUGUGAUCCAGCUAGUCAUUACCUACCAGACGGUGGUAAAUGUCACUGGCAACCAGGACAUCUGUUACUACAAUUUCCUCUGUGCUCAUCCCCUGGGCGUCCUGAGUGCCUUCAACAAUAUUCUCAGUAACCUGGGCCACGUGCUUCUGGGCUUCCUCUUCCUCCUGAUAGUCUUGCGCCGGGAUGUUCUCCAUCGAAGAGCCCUGGAAGCAAAGGACAUCUUUGCUAUGGAGUACGGGAUUCCCAAACACUUUGGUCUCUUCUAUGCUAUGGGCAUCGCACUGAUGAUGGAAGGAGUGCUCAGUGCUUGUUACCAUGUCUGCCCUAAUUACUCCAAUUUCCAGUUCGACACAUCAUUCAUGUACAUGAUUGCGGGCCUCUGCAUGCUGAAGCUCUAUCAGACGCGCCAUCCAGACAUCAACGCCAGUGCCUACUCUGCCUAUGCCUCCUUUGCUGUGGUCAUCAUGCUUACCGUCCUCGGAGUGGUGUUUGGGAAAAAUGAUGUGUGGUUCUGGGUCAUCUUCUCUGCAAUCCAUAUUCUGGCCUCGCUCGCCCUCAGCACCCAGAUAUACUACAUGGGUCGUUUCAAGAUAGAUGUCUCUGACACAGAUUUGGGAAUUUUCCGGCGGGCUGCUAUGGUAUUCUACACAGACUGUGUCCAGCAGUGUAGCCGGCCUCUGUAUAUGGAUAGAAUGGUAUUGCUCAUUGUGGGGAAUCUGGUCAACUGGUCCUUCGCCCUCUUUGGCUUGAUCUACCGGCCCAGGGACUUUGCAUCCUACAUGCUGGGCAUCUUCAUCUGCAAUCUGCUGCUGUACCUGGCCUUCUACAUCAUCAUGAAGGUUCGCAGCUCAGAGAGGGUCCUCCCAGUGCCACUCUUCUGUAUCGUGGCCACCGCGGUGGUGUGGGCUGCUGCCUUGUAUUUUUUCUUUCAGAAUCUCAGUAGCUGGGAG